AUGUCCGCCAUCGCCCGCACCUUCACCCGCACUCCCUUCCGCCGCGCCAUCCAGAUCCGCCGCGGUGGUCACCACGAGGGCUACAACCAGCCCACCGGAUACCUCUUCGGAGAGAAGCCUUUGGCCCCUGGUGCCAAGCGCGUCAAGGAGGACUGGGAGCCCUUGAUGUUCUACGGAUUCUUCGGCUCCAUGAUCUUUGGUACCGCUCUUGUCUACUACAAGCCCGAUACCAACGUCCACACCUGGGCCUACAGGGAGGCUAAGGCAAGGAUGGCCGCACGUGGCGAGACCGUCGAGUACAAGAAGCAGGAAUAA